AUGGGGGACUACUGCAUACCUACCGAUGCAACACAGGUUUCUAUGGGUUUCGUCCCAGCAAAUCCAGUAAAUUUUAACGUCAAAUAUUAUGUUCUUUCAGAUAUUAGAGAAAAGAAAUUUGAUGGGAAUGCAACAUGUGACCCAUGGGAACAUCUAGCACGGUUCAAUGAGACAACAUUGUUGUGUCGACCAAAAGAGAGAAAGGCUGAAAUUACACACUUCAAGGUGCAAGAAACUGAAUCUCUAUAUGAUUCUUGGGAUAAGUUUAAAUUAUUGUUACAAAAAUGUCCUAAUAACAAUAUGAGAAACAUUGAACAAAUUCAGAGUUUUGUCAAAGGUGUACAAACUCAAGCACGAAUGCUUUUAGAUGCAUCUACCGAAGGUAUAAUCAGGACACUAAUUGAACCGCAGGAAGAGAUUCCUAUUGAGGUGGAACAUGUCGAUGCUGAAUUGCGUAUCCCAUAUCAAGUUAAAGAAGAAGCACAAGAUGCUGAAGAUACUGAGGAAACUAUAGAUGACUACCUAUUGACAAGAGAUAGGCUGAGAAGAGUCAUCAGGCCACCUCAAAGACUUGGGUAUGCAGAUCUCAUAGCGUAUGCCUUAAUCUCUGCAAGUGAUGUUCUAGAUGAAGAACCUAGAGACUAUAAGGAAGUUAUGAGGAGUCGAAAUAAGACUGAAUUGCUGAAGGCCAUGGAUGAUGAGAUGAAGUCUCUUCAUGAUAACCACACUUGGGAACUGAUCAAGAAACCUGUUAGAGCCAAGUUAGUCAGCUCAAGCAACAAUGUCGAGGAUGUAAUGAAGGUGAAGGUUGAACUCAAUAAGGAGUUUGAUAUGAAGGAUCUGGGAGCUGCAUCCAGGAUUCUUUGGAUUGACAUCCGAAGAGACAAAAAGCAAUCACAACUAUGCUUAUCUCAAGAUACAUACCUACAGAAGAUUCUCGAAAAAUUUGGUAUGUUGAAUUCAAAGCCUGUUAUGAAUCCAACAAACCCUCAAUUCAAGCUGAGUACACAUCAGUGUCCCAAUACUGAGGUUGAAAGAGCUUAUAUGAAUAGCAUCCCAUAUACUAACAUAAUGGGUUCUUUGAUGUAUGUUAUGGUAUGCAUUAGACCCGACAUAACACAUGCAAUAAGUCUUGUAAGCAGAAAAUCUAUUUCUGGAUAUGUGCUCACUAUGUUUGGCACACCAAUCAGUUGGAAACCAACAGUUCAAAAGGUUAUUUCCUUAUCAACCACUGAAGUGGAAUAUAUCACUCUCACUGAAGUUGUGAAAGAAGCAUUGUGA